AUGGACACGCGCAGUGUCCCUGACACGGCUUCGGUGGCCGGGUCUGAUGUGGCAUCGAGCAAAACCAGGCUUCAGCUGCCCCCGAGCUGCGGGCCUCCGGAGCCGGGUCAGCCUACGAAGCAAAUGGUUUGGAUCGUCUUUGGUGGGACGGGACAUAUGGGCCGGUCUCUGGUCAAAUCGGCUCUUAGCCACGGGGACCUCGUCACUACAGUCGGGCGCGUUUUCGAGACGUCGCCUGAAGACAUGGCCAAGGUCAACAGCGACACCUGCCUGGGUUUACUGUGCGACGUGCGCGAUGGGGCAUCGGUGCGGCGCGUAAUUGAGCGCACGAUCGCGCGCUUCGGCCGUGUUGAUUGCAUUGCCAACUGUUCUGGCUAUGGUGUUAUCGGCGCCUGCGAGGACCAAGACGAGCACGAGCUGCGCAAUCAGUUCGAGACCAACUUCAUGGGCACCCUGCACAUUGUUCAGGCCAGUCUGCCCUACUUCCGCCAGCAGAAUGGUGGUCGUUAUCUGAUCUUUAGCUCUACAUCCGGCGCUCUGGGUGUCCCUGGGUUGGGUCCUUAUUGCGCGACGAAGUAUGCGGUUGAGGGGUUCGUCGAGGCGAUGCUUUAUGAGGUUGACUCAUUCAACAUCAAGGCGACUCUCGUCGAGCCCGGACUGGUUCGGCGUGACGAGCCAGCCGAUCCUAAAGCCAGUCCGCUGCCGACUUGGGGGCACUUUCUCAUAAAACCAGCCAGUGAGGCCUACUCUCAUGCUACCUCACCGGCGCUUCACGCACAACGCAUGGUGCAAUGGCUCGGCGACCGCCAACCAACCAGCGCCGUCAAAUGCGCCGAGCUAGUUUGGCAACUGGCACAUUGUUCGUACCCGCCGCUGCGUCUACUGCUGGGCAGCUAUGCCAUCGAGAGCAUCCGUGACCGACUGCGGUCUGUGACGGAGGAGCUGGAGGACUGGAAGCAUCUGAAUUUCCCUCCGCCGCCCGAUGCCCCAGGUGCCGAAGAGCUGCUCAAGAAGGAUGACAAUAGAGAUAACAAGGCACCUGAAAGCCAGCAAGACAAAGACAAAGAGGAAAACGAAAAGAAGGAGGAAGUUGAGCAGGAAGCAGGCGACGGUGGGGAUGACGCAAUGGAGAAAGAAGACGAUGAAGAGAAAAAUAGGGAGAAGGGCAAAGAUAGCAAAAAGGAUAAGCCCGAGACAGACGAAAUGGAUGUUGACAAGGAGCAGGGAAAGGAAAUGGAAAAGGAGAACAAAGACAAGGACGAGGUUAUGCAAGAUGCUCCGCCUGAGCAACCAUCUCAAGAGGUUAAACCAAAUGACUGA